AUGUCUGGACUCAAGGCCGGUGACAGCUUCCCCGCUGACGUUACCUUCUCGUACAUCCCCUGGUCUGAGGAACAGGGCGAGAUCACCUCCUGCGGUAUCCCCAUCAACUACUACGCCUCCAAGGAGUGGGCCAACAAGAAGGUCAUCCUCUUCGCCCUCCCUGGUGCUUUCACCCCCGUCUGCUCUGCUCGCCACGUCCCCGAGUAUAUCGAGCGCCUUCCCGAGAUCCGCGAGAAGGGUGUCGACGUUGUUGCUGUCCUCGCCUACAACGAUGCUUUCGUCAUGAGCGCCUGGGGUAAGGCCAACGGAGUCAAGAACGACGACAUUCUCUUCCUUUCGGACCCCGAGGCCAAGUUCUCGAAGAGCAUCGGCUGGGCCGACGACGAGGGCCGCACUAAGCGUUUCGCCAUCGUCCUCGACCACGGCAAAGUCUCCUACGCCGCUCUCGAGCCUGCUAAGAACCACCUUGAGUUCUCUAGCGCCGACGCUGUUAUCAAGAACCUGUAA